GUCCGUCCGGACCGGGAUUGGAUUCUGGAUCCGUUAAAGAAUCAGAGGAGGCCGGCAGAGGGCACCGAGCCUCCCCCCUCCGGUACCCCCGAUCACUGCACCUGCGGGGGCUCGUUCUCAGCCCAGGUGGUCCCCGUGACUGUCGGAGUGCAGUGUGCCACCCUGCCGGUAGAGUGCGCCCCCAAACACCCCGCCCCCCAUACCUGCACAGCUGUCUGUCUGGAGUGUGCGCCAUCUGUCCGUCUGCCGGCCCCCCAGGGCUCCGCUUGGACUGCGCACUCGGUCUACCCCGCUCCCCUGGACCCGGCCGUGCUGCUGUCCGCAGAGCUCGCUGCCACUCACCGGCGGCCGGAGUGCACCCACCUGUAUCCAGUGUCGCUCUACGCCGUGCCCGGGCACCUGGGGGCAGAGGGAGCGCUCAGCUUCCCCCCGGAGCCGCCGGUACUCCUCUACCCAGCUCACCCGGGCCAGGCUGGACUGCUGGCUCACAGCACCGCUCCCCCCGCCGGUACAGAGCCAGCCCUGGACUCCCAGCAAGGAGCAGCAGGAGGGCCCCUGAUUGUGACCCGGACAGCAGCAUCCCCCGGGCAGGAUGAGGAGGGCAAGAUGAGCCAAGAGAAGAAGAAGAGCAGCCGGAUUAUGUUUGUCAAGAGGAUCCUCAUGAAAGAUGGGGGCAUGCAUCAAGGCAUCGGAAAGCCAACUGUGUAUCAUGCUGUGGUUGUUAUUUUCCUAGAAUUCUUUGCCUGGGGCCUACUGACUACUCCCAUGCUUGUUGUGCUACAUGAAACAUUUCCUCAACAUACAUUUCUAAUGAAUGGUCUUAUUCAAGGAGUAAAGGGCUUUUUAUCGUUUAUGAGUGCUCCUCUAAUAGGCGCAUUAUCAGACGUAUAUGGAAGAAAAUCUUUCCUUCUUGUCACUGUUAUCUUUACUUGUUUUCCAAUCCCACUAAUGAGGAUAAGUCCAUGGUGGUAUUUUGCUAUGAUUUCUGUAUCUGGGGCAUUCUCUGUUACAUUUUCUGUAAUAUUUGCUUACGUUGCGGACAUAACACAGGAACAUGAAAGAAGUACAGCUUAUGGACUGGUAUCUGCUACAUUUGCAGCAAGUCUUGUGACCAGCCCAGCAAUUGGUGCUUAUAUCUCUGAAUAUUACGGUGAUAAUCUUGUUGUUCUUGUGGCGACUGUUGUUGCACUCUUGGAUGUCUGUUUCAUCUUGUUAGUCGUGCCAGAAUCUCUCCGAGAGAAAAUGAGACCUACUUCCUGGGGAGCUCCGAUCUCUUGGGAGCAGGCUGACCCAUUUGCAUCAUUGAAAAAAGUUGGGAAAGACUCCACAGUUCUUCUGAUUUGUAUCACAGUCUUCUUUUCUUAUUUACCAGAAGCUGGGCAAUAUUCCAGCUUUUUUCUCUACUUAAGACAGAUCAUAGGUUUUAAUCCGGGCAGCAUUGCCGCAUUUAUAGCUGUGGUGGGAAUUCUGUCAAUUUUAGCACAGACUGUCCUGCUCAGUGUCCUUAUGAAUACUAUCGGAAAUAAAAACACUGUGCUUCUGGGACUUGGAUUUCAGAUGUUUCAGCUGGCCUGGUAUGGUUUUGGCUCCCAACCCUGGAUGAUGUGGGCUGCAGGAGCUGUUGCAGCAAUGUCAAGUAUUACAUUCCCUGCAGUGAGUGCCCUGAUUUCACGUAACACUGAAUCAGAUCAGCAAGGUGUUGCUCAAGGAAUGGUGACUGGUAUUCGAGGACUUUGUAAUGGUCUUGGCCCAGCGCUCUAUGGAUUUGUCUUCUUUCUCUUUCACGUGGAACUCAGUGGUCUAGUACCUGUGCCCAGCUCAGAUAAAACAACUAUGAAAAAUCCAGUUGAUGAAGGAUCAAUUAUUCCAGGACCGCCAUUUUUAUUUGGAGCAUGCGCUGUACUACUUGCCUUCUUGGUUGCCUUAUUCAUCCCUGAACGCAGCAGCCAUUCAGCCAAAAACAUUGGUAGUGGGAAGCACAGCAACGUUACCAGCAGCACUCAGUCAAACCCUGAUCGGGGGAGUGAUGAGGACAUUGAACCACUGUUGCAGGACAGCAGCGUAUGAAUCUUUCCCAGAGAACGUCAAUGGCAGAAAAAAAUAGAAUGUAUGAAGCUCUACUGAAAAAAUUAAAAAAUAAAGAAUGAUAAAACAAAUAUAUAUAUACAUAUAUAUAUUUCUACAUUGGAUCCCCAUGCAGAAUGUGUUAGAACUGCCGUGAAUGGUUUAGUUUUGUUUUGUAUACAAUAUCGGUUGAUUAUGUAUUCACUGCAUGGGAGGUUGCAUGUCUUGCAGAAAUCUCCAGCAGUAAAGUAGUUUAAGGUUUGAGAUUUUGUUUUCCUGUUUCUGCUACCUCAAACCUGAUCAUCACGUUGCAUAUUGACCGUAAGAAAGAAAGAAACACGGAAAUAUUGCAACAGAGAUUUAACCUCAGAAGGGUACCAUAUGCAAAAUGAGCCGGUGUUUUAACACACCUAACAGUGCCUGCUAGUACAUUGAUUUUUCUUUAAGAGUGUUACAGGGAGAAGACUUGGUUUAGCUUUUCUUGCUGUUCUCUCUGAGGAUAGCUGUCUUCUGAACUUUCAGGGUUAUUUUUUGAAGUAUGAAUUGCUGGCUGUUUAAAGUGAAUUUUUAGGCCAACAUAGACAAAUGACAAACUGACCUAGAAUAUGUUUUCAGUUUAACUAUUUUAACCUAAAAUUUAAUCUUUACUUUAUACUCGCCUUGAAUUCCUGGCAAUUCACAUUUUAACGAAUAACCCUUUUGAAGUUUCACUUCAGCUUUAUUACUAGAGACAUGUUUCCUGUGACGAAAAAAGGCUGCAAGAAUUCUUUAAACCAUCAUUCUCAGCAAUGUGUGUAUUCAGUUACAUAUCUCUCCUUCCAUUCAUAAGGACAACAUUGUAAAAUAAUUGAUUUGGAGCUUAAUUUGCCCUUCUGCCAAAACUGCAGUAACUGAAAUCAGUCCUUUUAAAACAUAAAUUUAUUUUUGUGUUCUAAAUCCAUUAUUGGAAAAUAUGAAUUCCAGAUAAUUGUGUGUGUGUGUGUGUUCGUGCGUGUGCAUACGCACAAUUAUGUCAAACUGAAAAUAAAAAGAGCAUCCACAAAAUAAAAGUAAAACAGAAGAUAGCUUUAGAAAAUGUGCUGUUUAGUGUUUUACUGCCACUGUUUCCAAAAAGUCUCAUCCGUGUUUUGAAAGUUUUUGCAAGCCAAACCUCUAAACUUGUACAAGGUUGUAGGAGAUGAAGUAUUAUGACAUGUAAAUAAAAUAAAUAAAUUAAAGUUUGUACAGAUAUAUUUGGGAUUGGUUGGAAUAGAGAAAUUUGGUGCUUUGCUGCUGUUACAAUAUGGUAAUAUGGUCCUAUAUUGUGUCAUGAUAACAUUCCUGAUUUGAGUCUCAAAAUAAUGAGGGUGGUUACAUUUUAGCCAGCCACCUGAUCUCUGUGACAUUUAUUUUUCUUGGACUCUUUCCAUUUAUCGUCACCUCAAUAAGUACACCCCAGCCUUAAUGCUAUGUAGAGUGCAUUUGUCACAAUUCAUAGCUUUCAUAUCAAACCCUCUUCCAAAACUGCUUUGCUCAAAUAUAUAUAAAUGUGUUAGGGUUCAUUGGUUUUUCAAAUAUCACAUGAAAAGAAGUACUUUUAUGAAAAUAUACAGAUAUGUAUAUUUUUAUGACAAGCUAUUAAUGGAAAACAACAUUAACUAAGCACUGCUUUUAAUGUUUUAUAUGUAGAUAUUUGUAAGAAACGUUCAUUUUCCCUAAUGAGAGGCUGUGUAUAUCUUGUAUUUAUAACUGUAACAAGAUUCUUGACAGAAAAUAUACUGCUUUUAUAUAAAGGAUUAUCUAAGACUGAAAA